GGAUUUACGAAAGCUAAAAGAGGAUAAGAGGGGAGCUCUCUUGUUCACCUUCUCUUAGUGUCGCCGGCGGUUCCGCUGGAUAGAUAUGGGCUUCGCCGUCGCAAGCUGCUGCUUCUCCGUUCUCAAUGCCUCCGUCAAACUCCAAUCUUCCUCCGCUUCUCCCCGGUGUUUCGUCGCCGCCUCGCAAAGGUCGCUGACCUCGGUGACUCCCCGAGCUUCAUAUCAGAAGAGGCGGGCUCUCGGGUCCGAUUCAUCCCCUUCUCCAGCUAAAUUCAAUCCCCAGAAUGAUCUCACAUCUCAAAAGAAGUUCCAAGGAAGAACAAAAAAUGAAAUAUCUACAGAUGGAAUUAGCGGUAGAAGAGAUGGGGGUCGUUCUCAAUCAACGGCCUUUAAGGCGUUUGGGACGCAAAGAAAGGAGAAAAAGGAGUUUCAGCCUGAUCUUAGAGAGCAACAGGUUGAUUCUGGGAAGAUUCAAGAUGCGUCCUUUCUCGAUGCUGUUGUUAAGGUUUAUUGCACUCACACAGCGCCUGAUUACUCCCUACCAUGGCAGAAGCAAAGACAGUAUACCAGCACUGGGAGUGCUUUUAUGAUAGGAGAUGGGAAGCUCUUGACAAACGCCCAUUGUGUGGAACACGAUACACAGGUGAAAGUGAAGAGAAGGGGAGAUGAUAGAAAAUAUGUGGCUAAGGUUUUAGCUAGAGGUGUCGAUUGUGAUAUAGCUCUGCUUUCGGUAGAAAAUGAGGAAUUCUGGAAAGGAGCUGAACCUCUCCGACUUGGCCAUCUGCCCCGCCUUCAGGAUGCAGUAACAGUUGUGGGAUAUCCACUUGGAGGAGAUACUAUAUCUGUGACAAAGGGGGUUGUAUCACGUAUAGAGGUAACAUCAUAUGCUCACGGAUCAUCUGAUUUACUCGGUAUACAAAUUGAUGCUGCAAUAAAUCCAGGUAAUAGUGGUGGCCCUGCGUUCAACGACCAAGGGGAGUGUAUUGGAGUAGCCUUUCAGGUUUACAGAUCUGAAGAAGCUGAAAACAUUGGGUACGUGAUACCAACCACAGUCGUUUCUCACUUUUUGACAGACUAUGAGAAAAAUGGAAAGUAUACUGGUUUCCCGUGUCUAGGUGUAUUGCUACAGAAGUUGGAAAAUCCAGUUCUUCGGGAAUGCUUAAAAGUUCCUUCAAAUGAGGGUGUGCUGGUGAGAAGAGUUGAACCUACAUCUGAUGCAAAUAAUCUCCUGAAGGAGGGUGAUGUGAUAGUAAGCUUUGAUGAUGUUCAUGUGGGGUGUGAAGGAACUGUACCUUUCCGAACAAACGAACGCAUUGCAUUCAGAUAUCUCAUCAGUCAAAAAUUUGCAGGUGAUGUAAUAGAGCUCGGUGUCAUCCGAGCCGGAGAACGCAUGAAAGCUAAAGUAGUUCUGAACCCACGUGUGCAUCUGGUUCCAUAUCACAUUGAUGGAGGUCAGCCAUCAUACAUUAUAAUCGCCGGGUUGGUGUUUACUCCACUCUCAGAACCCUUGAUAGAAGAGGAGUGUGAGGAUUCCAUAGGGUUGAAACUGUUGACGAAGGCACGGUAUUCCUUGGCAAAGUUUAGAGGAGAGCAAAUCGUCAUCCUAUCACAGGUCUUGGCGAAUGAAGUAAACAUUGGCUAUGAAGACAUGAACAACCAGCAGGUUCUGAAAUUCAAUGGAAUUCCUAUAAGAAACAUCCAUCAUUUGGCGCACCUCGUUGACACGUGCAAGGACAAGUAUCUUGUUUUCGAGUUCGAAGACAAUUACAUUGCUGUGCUGGAGAGAGAAGCUGCAAAUGCAGCAUCCUCGUGUAUUCUUAGAGAUUACGGGAUUCCAUCAGAAAGAUCCUCUGAUCUGUCUGAGCCUUAUGUCGAUUUUGUUGAUGGCAGCCAGGCUCGGGACCAAGAUUCUGGAGAUAGCCCUGUCUCAAAUCUGGAAAUUGGAUUUGACGGACUCCUUUGGGCGUAAAUUCUCUCAGGUAGGAGAGGAUUGUCAGAUAAAUUAUACACUAGGGCAUGCGGAAGCCAUGGAAAAAGCUGAUUCAGCUUCCCAGAAUGUUUGGCGAAUGCUUCAACUUCUUCCCCGUUCUGCAGAUUUGAUUUGAUUCAUUCACUCAACAAUAACCCCGUAAAGGAUUGAGGUCUGUUCGGCUGUGUCUCAGGCCGGGGGAGAGUGUUCUGGGAAAUCCAUUGUAAGAAUCUUGAUGAGAGUGACCUGUUAUAUGUCUCAAGAUGAUAUUGAUGGAAAUGAAGUUACAUUGGCCUGAUAAA